AUGUUUUAUCGGUCUCUGGGUUGUCCUUGUGUCUUUUGCAUUCGAUUCUACGUGACCCAAACUCAUCGCAGCGAUUCUAGAUUUACCAUCUUUGUGAACCGUCGUGAACAGCGCCCCUGCUCGAAAAGCAAGAAAAAGGGAUCGAGCGACAAGCUGCGCAAAUUGGAUGCCGUGUCUCCGGCUCGGACUCUAGAGGAAUGGCGCUCGAAAUCGAAAGGGCCCUUGUUACCUUCCGAGGGAGUCGACGGUCAAUUUGUGUGCGUUGUUUGCCUUGAAUCGGUUCUGCCGUCCCAGGAGAUUCGGGAGCUGAAAUGCCUGCACGUCUUUCACAAGGAAUGUCUGGAGAAAUGGUAUCUGCAGGAUCAUUUCAACUGUCCGCUCUGCCACAGAGCGUACUACUUUCAGGAAACACAUCCUAGUAAUGACUUUGUAUGGAUGGUAUGA